CUCUCAAGGUUCUGGGGGUGUGGACUAUUUCUCUGACUAUCGUUGAGAAGCUUCAUUCCUGAAAGCCGGACAGGUGACAUGGAGCUGAUGGUCCCGCUGCCCACCUGAUCCUCGUCCACAGCUGUCAUGGGUAUUUGGAGGGGACCGAGGCAGAUAUAUAAAGGUCUUGGUUGAAGCCAUUGGUUUCGAGAGAGCUCCUCACGCCAAACGGGUCCAUCACAUCUUUCCCAAGCCAACUUCUUCGACACAUUGACAAUGUUGUCGAUUGCUGGCUCCCUCCGCCAACUCGGGCUCAGCGCCCUUGCUGCUGCUGCAGCUCUGUCUUCUCUGGCCAGUGCCGCACCCUCCAACAUCCAGGUCCGAUCUCUGGAGGAGCGUGCUGCCGCCGGUAACCGCCUGGUCUUUUGCCACUUCAUGAUUGGCAUUGUUGGUGAUCGUGGAAGUGCUUCCGACUAUGACUCCGAUAUGCAGCGUGCCAAGGCUGCUGGUAUCGAUGCCUUUGCCCUCAACAUCGGAACCGAUUCCUACACCGUUACCCAGCUCAACUAUGCUUACCAGUCUGCUGCCAACAAUGGCAUGAAAGUCUUCAUCUCCUUUGACUUCAACUGGUACAACCCCAGCACCGAUGCUGCCCGUGUCGGUCAGCUGAUUGCCCAGUACGCCAACCAGCCCGCCCAGCUCCAGGUCAACGGCCGUGUUUUCGCUUCUUCCUUCGCCGGUGAUGGCCUUGAUGUCAACGCCGUCCGCUCUGCUGCUGGUACCAACGUCUACUUCGUCCCCAACUUCCACCCCGGCCAGUCUUCCACCUCUACCAUUGACGGUGCCUUGAACUGGAUGGCCUGGGACAGCAACGGUAACAACAAGGCCCCUACUCCUGGUGCCAACGUGACUGUCGCUAUGGGUGAUGCCAGCUACCAGAGCUGGCUCGGCAGCGGCAAGACUUAUCUUGCUCCCAUCUCUCCUUGGUUCUCCACUCACUACGGCCCCGAGGUCUCCUACAGCAAGAACUGGGUCUUCCCUGGUGGCGCUCUCCUGUUCAACCGAUGGCAGCAGGUCAUCCAGCAGGGCUUCCCCAUGGUUGAGAUCAUCACCUGGAACGACUAUGGCGAGUCUCACUACAUUGGCCCCCUGAGCUCCAAGCACGGAGAUGACGGUAACUCCAAGUGGACCAACGACAUGCCCCACGACGGUUUCCUCGACCUGUCCACUCCCUUCAUUGCUGCCUACAAGAACGGAGACACCAACGUUGCCAACUACGUCCAGACCGAGAAGGUUGUCUACUGGUACCGCCGCAACCUCAAGACCCUCAACUGUGAUGCUACCGACACCACUGCUGGCCACUCUGCCCCCAACGCCAGCGGCAACUACUUUGAGGGUAUCCCCAACGGCUGGCAGACCAUGGACGACAAUGUCUACGUCGUCACUCUGCUCAAGUCUCCUGCUACCCUGAGUGUCACCUCUGGCGGCAACUCCCAGUCCUUCAACGCCCCUGCUGGUGCCAACAUCUUCACCGUCCCCGCCGGCCUCGGCAAGCAGAGCUUUGUUGUCAACCGCGGCGGCCAGAACAUCCUGUCUGGAACCUCUCUGAUGGACAUUACCAACGUCUGCAACUGCGGUAUCUACAACUUCAACCCCUACGUCGGCACACUCCCUGCUGGAUUCUCCGACCCUCUUGGCCCUGAUGGUCUUUCUUCCCUGACUUCCGGUCUCCAUGUCACGACCUGCCAGCCCAAGCCUUCUCUGGGCACCAACCCUUCUGUCCCGGCCAGCCCUCCUGCCAACCCCACCAGCAGCACUCCUCCUGCUUCUCGCACCAGCAGCGCUGCUCCUUCAAACCCUACCAACUGCGUUGCCGGUACCGUUGCUCCCGGUGAGUCUGGCAACUUUGCUGGUCUCUGCAGCUUUUCUUGCAACUACGGAUACUGCCCUCCCGGCCCAUGCGUGUGCACUGCCACCGGCACCGUCCCUCAGGCUCCCCCGAGCAACGGCCGAAACGGAUGUCCUCUUGCUGGAGAACCCGCUGCUUAUUCUGGGCUAUGCUCCUUCAGUUGCAAUCACGGUUAUUGCCCCGAGGGAGCUUGCCAGUACUGCUAGAUGUGGUGAUGUGAAGCUAUUCGCAAAAAGGUACGUACUUCGGCGAAGGACUGAAUAUGGGCGUGAGCCGCACCUGUUUACCGCUUUGGAGAAGGUAAACACAAAAUCUGUAUAUAAAAUCAAUAUAAAUGUAUAUUUUGAUGAU